UUUAGUGGUACGCUCGCACAUGGUAUUUAAGACUGCCAUUUCUCAUCCAAAAGCCAGUGUUCAAUCGACAACAGUUGAAGAAAGAGCUACUUCAGAAACAGUCAUUCAAACAGAGUUAUAGCUAACAAACAAGUGGCUAACUAAAAACAACAGCCAUGAGAGUUUUGGCAUUUGUUUCACUCAUGGUGGUAACCGUUUUGGCGGCACCUCAAUACGGGCAAGUGCCGCAAGCAGGUCGCCAAAAUGUUCCAAUUACCAGGGAACAGUGGGGCUCACUCAAUCCGUACGGUUCCGGAGCUCCUUACGAGAUUCAGAAGCAAUGGGAGAGCUUUUUCGAAUAUCUUCCUUGGCUGAAGGGACCUCCUGGACCACCAGGACCACCUGGACAAGCUGAUUACGGAAGCAAUUCCUAUGCUCAGCCUCAAGUGAUUCCAGGACCUCCUGGUCCUCCUGGACCUCCAGGACCUGCUGGAUACAAGGGAGAUGCUGGGUCUCCAGGAUCUCCUGGCUAUUCUGGAGGACCUGGGCCACAAGGACCACCUGGAAAACCCGGCGCACCCGGUUACCCCGGACCAAAAGGAUCACCAGGCUACAACGGCGCACCAGGUGCUCCUGGUAAACCAGGCUACAAUGGAGAGAAGGGAACACCUGGCUACAAUGGCUCACCCGGUCUACCUGGAGGACCUGGACUACCAGGCAAAGACGGAUACAAUGGAGCUCCGGGACUUGCAGGACUUAAAGGCGAAACCGGCCCACCUGGAUACACUAUCCCAUCCAAGAUCCCAGGCCCACCUGGUCCACCUGGCUACCCCGGUAAAGACGGAAAAUCAGGAUACAAUGGCGGUCCCGGCCCUGUUGGUCCCGUUGGACCUGUUGGACCUCAAGGGCCUCCCGGCAAACCUGGCACCAAUGGAUAUCCUGGCGGACCGGGACCUAAAGGAGACGCUGGAACUCCUGGCUAUAGCGGAGCACCUGGCAAGGAUGGAUAUCCUGGUGCCCCAAGCAAAAUUCCUGGACCUCCAGGACCACUUGGACCUUCUGGUCCUCCUGGCUACAACGGCGCUCCUGGCAAAGAUGGUCUCCCUGGCGGUCCUGGAUACCCAGGCAAAGACGGACUCCCCGGCGCUCCUGGAUAUUCUGGCCCACCAGGACUUCCGGGUAAACCAGGCAAGGAUGGCUAUCCUGGCCCAACUGGAACUCCUGGCUACUCUGGCGGCCCAGGACCCGUUGGCCCACAAGGUAAACCCGGUGCUCCUGGAUACCCUGGCGGUCCAGGACCAAUCGGCCCGAUCGGUCCUCUAGGCCCUGUCGGACCUCAAGGCAAACCAGGUACUCCAGGUUACCCUGGUGGUCCCGGACCAGUAGGACCUCUUGGACCAGUCGGUCCCGUGGGACCUCAAGGAAAGCCAGGAUCUCCAGGUUACCCCGGCCCUGCUGGACCUGCAGGACCUGCCGGCUAUCCCGGACAGUCUUACGAAGAACCGGCUUAUCAGCAGCCAGCUUACAAGUCAUCAUCCGCUUACUCUCAAGCGGCGUCCCAGUCUAGUUAUUCGGAGCCCCAAUCAUCUAGUUUCGCGAAAUUCCUUUUUUAAAAAACUAAAUGUCGACGUUUAGUUGAGAUCAAUGUGACAAUGGCAAGCAAUUCUUUUUCUCUCCCCUACCCGAAAUACUUUUAGAGUUUACAUUACAUAUUAUAUAGAGCUA